AUGCCGAGUCCAACGAAGAAGCGGAAGCUCAACAAGGAUGCAAGUGGCCCAACAUCGCGUGGUCUUGAGUAUUUCUUCUCGAAACAGAAGCAAGGCGAUGCAUCAGCUGCUUCUACACAGCCACAACCGAAGCAGGAUGUUGGCGAGGCUCCCAGAAGUGAACAGGAAUUCACCGAUGAGGAGCUAGCCCGGAAGCUCCAAGCUGAAUGGGAUAGCGAGGUUCAAAAUACCGAAAGUCUCUCGACAGAGUCUCAGCUAGUCCCGCGUUGUAGCGCAAGCCCAGCUCUCGAUCCCAGUUCUACCGGUUCAGCUCAAGUCGCGAUAUCAGCCGCCACACCUGUGGAAGAACCCAAACUUGCAAGCACAGCACCGAAGACUCUGUCACUCUCAUCUGUAGCCGUAGCUGGAGACUCACUUUCUUCAACCAUACCCCUGGAUCAGAGCCCUCUGGUUUUCGACCCUUCGGAGUAUUCAUCGCACCUAAAAGAUCACUGGGCUUCCGAAGGUGGCGAUGCCUCAUAUGCCCUGCUCACGAGGUGUUUCAUACUGGUCAACAGCACGCAAUCAAGGAUCAAGAUAGUGGACACUCUCGUGAACUGCAUCAGACUUAUCAUACAGACAGAUCCUGAAAGUCUCCUCCCCGCUGUUUGGCUAGCGACGAACGCCAUUUCGCCGCCCUAUAUUUCCUUGGAACUGGGUCUCGGUGGGUCAGCCAUAUCCAAAGCUCUGAAGCAAGUUUGUGGGCUCAAUGGACCGUCGCUGAAGAAUCUCUACGACAAGUACGGCGAUGCGGGAGAUGUGGCUUUUGAAGCCAAGAAGAAACAGAGCUUCACGCUUCGGAAGCCGAAGCCGCUGACCAUCAAGGCUGUCUACCAAUCUCUGGUCAAGAUUGCGAACACCCAAGCGCUUGCCCGGGCGUUUUCUCUGACUUCCCCGCCUGGUGCAGAUUUCGCUGUCCGCGACAGGGGCAGCCUCGCCAAGUUAAAAAAGGAGGAGCUUGCCGAGGUUUGGGCAAAAGCGGAGGAGAUUGUAAAAGCCUGCUUCGCGAAAAGACCAAACUACAACGACCUCGUACCCAUUCUUCUCGAGAUUGGUGUUUGUGAUGAGCUGCUCAUCCGCUGUGGGCUCACCCUGCACAUUCCCCUACGACCCAUGCUCGGUAGCAUAACGCGAGAUCUGACGGAGAUGCUUACCAAGCUCCAAGGCCGGGAUUUCGCCUGCGAGUAUAAGUAUGACGGCCAGCGUGCCCAGAUUCACUGCGACGCCAAAGGAAAAGUAAGCAUCUUCUCGAGGCAUCUUGAGCUGAUGACGGACAAGUACCCCGACCUGGUUGCCCUCAUGCCGCAGAUUCGGGGUGAAGGUGUUGACAGCUUUGUGAUGGAGGGAGAGGUCGUGGCAAUCGACCGACAGACGGGAGAUAUGAAGAACUUUCAAGCUCUGACCAACCGCGCGAGAAAAGAUGUCGCAAUCGGGAGUAUUCAAGUCGAUGUCUGUAUGUACUCCUUCGACCUGAUGUACCUGAAUGGGGAGCCACUACUCGACAGGCCUUUCCGCGAAAGGAGAGAGCUCCUUCGGUCGAUGUUCAUCGAAGUCCCCCACCAGUUUACAUGGGUCAAGAGCCUAGACGCUACUUCGCAGGAUUCCGACGCAGUGCUCGACUUCUUCAAAUCUGCUACCGACAUCAAAUGCGAGGGUAUCAUGGUUAAGAUCCUGGACAAUUUGACCGAAGUACCUUGCCAAGGGGGCGAAGUUGACGCUCCUGUGGAUGAGAUGGAGGAACCGCAGACACCUUCGAAACGUAAGGCUCCGGGGAAGAUUGCUGAGAAUGACACGAAAAAGAAAACGCGACGUAAACCACUGCUGGCAACCUAUGAGCCCGACAAGCGACUCGACUCAUGGCUUAAGGUCAAGAAAGAUUACAACGCAAGUUUCGACACUAUUGACAUGAUUCCUGUGGCUGGUUGGCAUGGCCAAGGGCGCAAGGCCAAAUGGUGGUCGCCGAUUUUGCUUGCUGUCCGCAACGAAGACAGUGGCUCAUUCGAGGUUGUGUGCAAAUGCAUAUCAGGCUUUACCGAUACCUUUUACAAAGCUAAUCGGGAGUUUUAUGACGACGGUAGCGGAGGAAGCGGCGUGAUACAAAACAUUCGUUCCUCGAAGCCUGCAUUUAUUGAGUACUCCGGACCGGAACCGGACGUCUGGUUUGAGCCGCAGGAGGUUUGGGAGAUGGCGUUCGCGGAUGUCACGCUCAGCCCGACAUACACAGCAGCAAUAGGCUUGGUGAGCGAAGAGCGGGGCUUGAGCUUGCGAUUUCCGAGGUUCUUGAAGAAACGGGAUGACAAAGGCUUGGAUGAGGCGAGUACAAAUGAGUUUCUGGCCUCGCUCUUCAGGAAACAAGAAUCGAAGGCGAUACCUGCGGCGGUAGAUGCGGCAGAGGAUGAAUGA